CCGCACUCUCGUCCUCGCUGCCUCCGGGCGCUGAGGCCUGCCCGCGGCCGGUUUUGGUGCCGGGGGCGCGGCCGUCGGCCGGCUGCGGCGGCUCCGUGGGAGGGCGCCGGGGGCUGCCGGGCUCCCACGGGGGGCGGCAGGCGGGCGGGCAGGCGGGCAGGCGAGGAGCGGAGCGGAGCGGGCCAGGAGCGGAGCGGGCCUGCGGCAAGGCGCUCUGCGGCGGCUCCGGUGAGGCGGCCUAGGGGGCAGCCGCGCGCUGCGGUCCUCUUGCUAAGCAUCGGUUUCUUUGUUUCUCUUAAAUGUCUCUCUUGGGUUUCUGAACGUUUUAAACACAACAGAUCCCUAUAAUAGUUCUGUCCGUAUUGUCUACAGCCCUAUUUUUUAUAGAUCUUAGCUCCGAGUUCUCCCCCGUAGCCGUUUCCAUCAGCCGUGGCAGGUGAGUGUCCCGGUGCGGUGAGGAGGCCCGGGCAGGCCGGCGCAGAGGCCCUCGGCUCUCCCUGUAAGGCCCAGAGCGGGGGCUAGAGGGGCUCGGGGAGACAUUGGACCUCUUCACCUGCACCAGAAAUGCCUCCACCAAGGUUUUGAAAAAUCAGAUAAUCGUGAAUACAGCCUGUGUGCACCCAGCUUCGAGGUCUGUGCCAUUAGCAUUGAGCUGCUGCCUUGCUCCUCGGCCUUGUCAGGGCUCCUCCUAAGUGAUUUUCUUUGAUUUCAUUCUGUAAGUACAAAGUCUAAAGUGCAGAACUGUCAUGCAAACAGAUAUACUGUGUACCUAUAUUCUACCUAAUACAGUAUUAAGUUUGUUUCAAUACAUGUCUAUUUCUUGCCUGAAAUAAUACGUCUUGGGAAUCUUGUUUUGUCCUGUCUGUAGCAAUGGCUUCAGGAACAGCACUGAUUUAUGAUGAGGAGAUGACCACUCAUAAACUACUUUGGAAUGAUCCUGUUUGUGAUAUUGAAGUGCCAGAAAGACUGUCAUCCUCCUAUGAGCAGCUUAAAUGUUACCAUCUUGUGGAAAGAUGUGUCUGUGUGCCUGCCAGAGAAGGAAGCGAGGAGGAGAUCCUGUUAGUUCACAGUUCAGAACACUUGGAAGUGGCGAAAAGCACCCAGACAAUGAAUGAAGAGGAACUGAAAAGAGUCUCUGGAAAUUAUGAUGCUUUUUUCUUUCAUCCGACCACUUACCACUGUGCCAGGCUAGCAGUAGGAGCAACUUUGCAGCUGGUGGAUGCUGUGAUGUCAGGAAAAGUGUGCAAUGGAAUGUCAUUAGUAAGACCUCCAGGUCACCACAGCCAGAGAAAUGCAGCUAAUGGGUUCUGUUUGUUCAACAAUGUUGCUAUUGCAGCAGAAUAUGCAAAACUUAAAUACGGUCUACAGAGAAUCCUAAUUGUUGACUGGGAUGUGCACCACGGGCAAGGAACUCAAUAUAUAUUUGAAGAAGAUCCAAGCGUUUUGUAUUUUUCCUGGCAUCGCUAUGAACAUCAGGAAUUCUGGCCAUCACUAAAAGAAUCUGAUUACGAUGCUGUGGGUCUGGGAAAAGGAAAAGGUUUUAACAUAAAUUUGCCUUGGAAUAAGGUUGGGAUGGGAAAUUCAGAUUAUCUUGCUGCGUUUUUCCAUGUGUUGCUUCCAGCAGCUUUUGAGUUUGAUCCUGAGCUGGUUAUUGUCUCCUCUGGAUACGAUUCUGGAAUUGGAGACCCUGAAGGUCAGAUGAAUGCCACUCCUGAGGUUUUUGCCCACCUUACCCAUUUCCUGAUGCAGUUAGCUAAUGGCAAGCUGUGUGUCAUCCUAGAGGGUGGAUACCACUUAAAGUCAUUGUCUGAAUCAGUCUGCAUGACUGUAAAAACUUUGCUUGGAGAUCCUGUACCUCAAAUAACAGGAGAAAUGGCACCUUCCCUAAGUGCUGUUGAAUCUAUUCAAAAUGUGAGAGCAGCACAUAAACCGUACUGGAAGUGGUUGAUGUACGAAGACACAUCAUUUUUACAAAAUUUGAGCACCAAAUCGCACCUACUAAAGAAGACUGAUGCAAGUACCUUCACAGAACAUGAAUCUAAGAUAGCUAGCGAUGAUGAAACUGUCAGAGUAGAAAGGUUUUUGGAACUGCACAUGAAAAAUAUUCUAUUUUCGGUGCCCCCCAUCAGAACAGCAACAGCUGACUCUGGAGGCUCAGCACUUUUGCUCCCUGUACCUGUUCAUUUGGUGAAGGAAAUUGACAAAACUGAAAUAAAAGCUCUUGUCAGUUGCUUUUAUGCAGACCUUGUGAAAGAGGACAAAACUUUGCUCUCUCUUGGCAGUAUGUUGGCCAUCCUAGAUAAAAUACUUAAGAAGGAGGUAUGCAAUGGAAUUGCAGAAUCAUCCACAGCUGCUGCUUCUGUUGCAGUUGCACUAAGACAUUAUGUUCGUUUGGGAUUUCAAAGGGUGCUUUGUAUAUUUGUUGGAGACAUGCAAAUCGUACCGAACACAGAUGAUGGAAAAAUACUCAUGAUACAUAUUUGUGAAAAAGAAGAGUCUGGAAGGACCAGCUCCAAACACUAUAUUUCUCUAAACUGGAAAGAGGAUGCUGAAGGAAAUGACUUCUUUUCUGCUGUACUUGGAUUCAUUCUUCCUGUAGCAUAUAGUUAUCAACCGAACUUGACAGUAAUAGCUGUUGGACCAAACAGGAGCCUUGGAAUAAGUGGGAUUUCUCUGCUUUUUUCUUUACUACAAGGAUUAGCCGAGUCCCGAAUUUUUGCAGUGAUUGAGGACAAAGACACAAAUUUAUUGCAAAGUAUAGCCAAAAUAUUAGUGGGUGCUUCUAUACCUAACUUUGGAGUUUAUGUGCCUCCUACUCAAGAAAAAGUAAAUAAAAUAAAAAGAUUAAGAGACCAGUUUCAGCAGCAAUGGAAAAUGCUUCAGUGUUCAGUGAAGGAUGAGAUUUAAAGACAUUAACUUCACUUUGGAAUCAUUUUACACAGCAGAAGAAAAUGUGUUGCUGAUCACGUUGCCUUUUAAAUCAUCAGGAAAAGAGAUGGUCAAUCUCUAAACAGAAUGAGUCAUUUAUAAUUGUCUUCUGUUUUUAAAAUACUUAAAAUCCAUGUUAUCAGCUAGAGAAUUGUGCUUGCAAAUUCUAUAUUGGCACUAAUUAUUCAAGACUGACACUUGAAAACAGCUGCUGUACUUCAUAACUGCAAAUUGGGGCCUGUGUAAUUUGUGACAUUGUAAAGUCAGGUUUGUGUAUCUAGGAGCUUGACUUCAAGUCCAGAAGACAGGCAACUGAAAUGAGCAAUCAAAAUAGCCAAAACAUUUUAAUAGUCUUCAACAUAACACCAGCGUGUUUGCACUACUGCCACUACCACCAUUUUUCUGGGAGUUUCAACUUGAUGACAGGCCCUUCAAAUUAAUGAAGUUUCAUUUCAUAAUCUGAUUUAAAGGAUUCACCUAACAUGGUCUAUUCUUUUAAUUUUUCUAAUGAGUAGUUGUCAAUCGCAAAAAGAAAAGCAGCUGAACAGCUAUAGUGUGUGCAUUUCCUAACUGUGAUGAUUUAAUUUCUUGAACUGUGCAGGGCAUGAGAGAAAAAAAGAAAAAUAUUUUGCAUAUAGAAAAUUACAAAUACAUAAUUGAAUAAAGCAGUGUAAAGAGGACUUCACGCUGCCCUGCAGAGUUUUUCAAAGGUAAAUUGUCUAUGUAACAAAUAAAAACUCCCAAACCCCAAGAGAUUUGAUAGUGGCCUAAGGCUGUAAUCGUGUGAAUUCUCAAAAUUAAAUAAACAUCUUGAGUCAAUUA